AAUUCCUCUUGCACAAUGCUUUACACAAGCAAAUAAAUAAAUUUAUUAAUAAUUAGACCUGUCCAAUGCUGUGCUAACUGUGGAAUUACUAUUGAAAAGAACAUUUUAGAUUAUGGAGUUAUAAUCUCAACUGGUUAUGGAGUAGUCACAUUAGAAGGAUUAUUAAUAGCAUUCAUCUCAGAGGUCUUUAUAACACAAAGCUCAUCUCUUGGUAUUGUUGUAAAUCUUCAUCAUAAUGACACAAUGAAUCUUCUUAUUGGUGCCUUAUUGCUUAAUCCAAGAAAUCCUCUUGAUCUUGGCUCAACUGUAAAAGGAUUAAACGAGGUUCAAGGCAUAAUUCUAGGAGAUACUUCAAUAGCUUCCAUUCUAGAUCCAGUUGGUAAUAUCCUUUUUAACUCAGGUAGAAUCAAUGUGCAAUAUCUUUGGGCUAUAGAAGCUCCUGCUCCAGGUAUAAUUGAUAGGCAAUCUGUCUCAGAAGCACUUCAAACAGGUAUUAUAGCUAUAGAUUCAAGUAUCCCAAUAGGAUGUGGCCAAAGAGAGCUCGUUUUAGGAGAUCGUCAGACAGGUAAAACAUCCAUCUGUCUAGAUAGCAUUCUUAAUCAAAAGUAUAGCUCUGUAUUUGCGGUCUACACCUCUCUUGGUCAAAGCUCAUCAAGCAUUCUACAGGUCUUUCUAUCCCUAGUACAAAAAGAUGCUAUCUUCUUCUUCUCAAUGCUUAUAGCAACUGCUAGUUCAUCAGCUGUAGCUCAAUACUUAUGUGCAUAUAGUGGAGCUGCUUUGUCUGAAUUCUUUGUGAUAACUGGGGAAUUACCCACAUUACUUGUACUUGAUGACUUAUCUCGACAUGCGGCAGCUUAUAGAGAAAUAUACCUCCUAUUGAGAAGACCUGCUGGAAGAGAAGCUUAUCCAGGAGAAAUAUUCUUUGUGCAUUCUCGACUUUUAGAAAGGUCUGCAAAGUUAUCAUACAAUCUUGGUGGUGGUAGUCUUACUUGUCUCCCAGUUAUUGAAACAUUAGCAGGAGAUGUUUCAGGUUAUAUAAGUACAAAUGUCAUAUCUAUUACUGAUGGACAAAUAGCUUUAUCAUCAGACUUAUUUCUAUCAGGUAUUCUUCCAGCUAUAGAUGUUGGAUUAUCUGUAACACGUGUGGGUUCUAUAGCUCAAUGGUAUGGAAUGAAACUUGUGGCAGGAUUUUACAAGCUAGAACUUGCUCAAUUUGUUGAAUUACAAGCAUUCUCACAAUUUUCAGCAGAUCUAGGGGAAGAAAGCAAGAAUAGAUUAACAAAAGGCUUACGACUUGUAGAAUUACUAAAACAAUCCAAUAGAUCUCCAAUAAGCUUAACAAGACAAGUUGGCAUAUUAUCAUUAGCUAAUCAAAAGCUUCUAAAAGCUUUAGCAAUUAAAGAUGUACAUACAUUUAUUAAUCUCUAUCUUGAUAUACCAGCAUGGACUUUAUUAUUAAUUCCACCUAAUCUUAUAGCUAAAUCUAUUUUGGGCUGUGUUUUUAAGUUGUAA